AUGAUGUUGGAGCUGUUAAGAGAGGAAGAAGAAGAUGAUCAAUUAUUGUUAAUGCAUAGAAAUAAAAGAAGGAACCCAAUAUCAAAUUUAUUUUUGACUAGAAAAUCUGAGGGAUUUUUCGAAAAAUUAAUUAAAGGACAUCUUGUUACUGAUGAUAUAAAAUUUCGCGAGUUUUUUCGUUUAAAUCGCCGACAGUUUUAUUUUGUUUUGUCUUUGAUAAAAAAUCAAAUACAAAAGACACCAACAAUGCGAUGGCAGGAACCAAUAACACCUGAGGAAAAAUUGGCAGUUACUUUAAGAUAUUUAGCAACCGGGGAAUCUUUCCGUUCAUUGGCAUUUGCAUUUCGUAUAUCCUACAGUUAUAUCAGUAUAAUCGUAAAAGAAACAUUGGCCGUUUUAAAACAAAAUUUAAUGCCAAUUUUUUUACCAGAUCCAAAUAUGAUUGAUUUUAAGACCAGGGCAGAAGAAUUUUGGACGAAGUGGAACUUUCCUAAUUGCAUUCUUGCAAUCGAUGGAAAACAUGUUAGAAUUCGUUGUCCCAAUAAUUCUGGUUCUUUGUUUUUUAAUUACAAAGAUUAUUUUUCAACUGUAUUAUUGGCAAUGGUUGAUGCAAAUUACAAAUUUGUAGCAAUCGAUGUCGGGUCAUAUGGGAGAGAAGGAGACAGCGGUAUUUUUUUAAAAUCUACUAUGGGACAACAAAUUUUAAACGGUGUAUUCAAAUUUCCAGAAGAUAGUGCCCUUCCUGGUACUGAUAUAAUAGUACCUCACGUUGUACUCGGAGAUCAGGCAUUUAGGUUGCAUAAACAUAUUUUGAGACCGUUUUCUCAAAAAUCAGCAAGGGGAGAUAACAGCAAAACGGUUUUUAAUUAUAGACUUAGCCGCGCUAGAAGAGUAACCGAAAAUGCUUUUGGGUUACUAAGUCAAAUAUUUAGAGUGUAUUAUCAGCCAAUCAAUAUUGCUCCAACAACGGUUGAUGAUUUAAUUAUUGUGACAUGUUGUUUACACAAUAUGUUACGGGACGCAUACUUGGAAAAUAACGGAAAAGCAUACUAUCAAUUUGAUCAGGAAUGUUCAACUCAAAAUAAUAACAUGAUGUCAUUUUCUGGAGAAGGUGGAUUUAUAAAUACGGAAGGAGUUAGAGUAAGAGAUAUUUUUAAAGAUUAUUUUGCAAAUAUAGGAGCUGUACCAUGGCAAAUGUAA